CACGUGCUCACAGGUCACGCUGAACCAAGAGAAAGGAUGAACAAUGUGACUGAAUUCAUUUUACUUGGUUUAACCCAGAACCCACAACUGCAAAAACUGUUGUUUGCUGUAUUUUUAAUGGCCUACUUGAUCACGAUGGCAGGUAACCUGUUCAUCUCAGUCACCAUCCUCAUCAGCCCGGUUCUGAGUUCCCCCAUGUACUUUUUUCUCUCCUAUUUGUCUAUAAUUGAUGGUUUCUACUCGUCUUGCACAGCACCCAAAAUGAUCUUGGACCUUAUCUCUGAAAAGAAGACCAUAUCUUUCAAUAGCUGCAUGACUCAACUCUUUGUGGAACAUUUCUUUGCUGCAGCUGAGGUCACCUUGUUAGUUGUCAUGGCCUAUGACCGUUACGUGGCCAUCUGUAAGCCCUUGCACUAUGUGACCAUAAUGCGCCGGCCAGUGUGUGCUCUCCUGGUGGGACUAUCUGUGAUGUUAGGGUUUCUCCAUGCAGGGAUCCAGCUUUUGCUUAUAAUCCAAUUACCAUUCUGUGGUCCCAAUAUCAUUGACCAUUUUCUGUGUGAUUUAAUGCCACUCCUAGAGCUAGCUUGCACAGACACUCGCACUUUGGGGCCCCUGAUUGCUGCCAACAGUGGGUCAAUGUGUUUACUUAUUUUUUCUAUGCUGAUAGCUUCCUAUGUCACUAUCCUACGCUCCCUGAGGACUAGUAGCUCUGAAGGACGACACAAAGCCCUGUCUACCUGUUCCUCCCACAUCACUGUCAUCAUCUUAUUCUUUGUACCUUGCAUAUUCCUGUACUUACGGCCCAUGACCUCUUUCCCCAUUGACAAAGCUGUAAAUGUAUUUUCCACCAUAGUCACUCCUAUGUUGAACCCAUUAAUCUACACCCUCAGGAAUGCAGAGGUGAAAAAUGUUAUGAAGAAACUCUGGAGUCAAAUAAUAAAAACCGAUGAUAAGUAA